AUGCCAUUAUAUAAUGAACAGAACAGUGGCCUUUACACGUUUAAUCAAGGAUAUCGGAUGCCGACUAGGUUUAAUACUUUAAACUUUACUGAGAAUUGGGAGAGCCUUAGGCUGGGCGACGAAGGAUUCACGGAAAAUAAUGAAAAGUUUUGUGCAAGGCUUGAAGACUUUCAAAAUGAAAACAAAAUCGAUUUGAAUUACUACGUUAGAAAUCAACCGGAUUACUAUGCAACGAUAUGGGCAUCCUUUCACAAGACACUUUUGCUGGGAGAAACAGAGAAGUGGCUCUCCGAGCAUCUUCGUAGAUACAAAUGGCCAUUGGAAGUACACUUAUAUGGAGAAAAUUGUGGCUACAGUUUUAUGGCAUUCAUUGAUUUAUUUAAAUUACUUUAUCCUGGUGAGAAUACAGCGCGCGUAGUUGUACCACUUGAAUGGGUCAACGCUGAAAUUAUGUUAGAAAAGUGUGGUGGUGAGUCUCUCUUACCACCCAAUGAUAAAACACCGUCAGCGUUUAUUACCGUACAAAAAACAAGCAAGGCAACAACGGAAUCACUUCCAACGAGUACUAAUACAGAUACGUCUAAAAUACUAGUACCACAUCCAACAGGCAGUGAUGAUAAUCCUGCUUUCGUUCUUAUAGAAAUAAAAUUAGCCAGGCCUUUUAAAAAGCCAGCCAUACCUCCGUAUAUUUCCCAACCGGAACUUAAUAAAAUGCUGAAUGACAUGGAAGCAACACCAAUUAAAAGGGAAUGCACAGCGCGUGGACAGACGGACAGAGAUUGGUUGUCAACGAUCAAAUCAGCAAAUACCGCAUUAAGAAGAAUGCCUUACUAUGGUACGACAGAUAUUUGCACAAUAAAUCGACAAUUGAGUGGAACUCGAACUCGAUUAGAAGUCUGGACAUCCUUUUGGCAGGAUGCGGCAAUAUACGUAAACAAUAAUUUUGUGAUAAACAACUUCCUUGAAAGUGACGAAAAAUUUAAGGAAAUGACGAUGAUGGCACACGCAUGUUUAAUGCGAAUCACUAAUGAUUUCCUCGUUAAUAAUGAUUACCACCAAGAAUUAGAGUCCACUCUGCGUGCUGCAAGACACGCUCGACAACUGAAAGAUACGUCGCAUGCCACUAAACUCUAUUUGCAGACCGUUGUAAAAAAUCCCCGUGAUGCAGACCUUUGGCGUGAGCUCUCUACAUGCCUUCAGGACAUUGAUUUUAAUAGAGCCAAUGUCUGCAUUAACAAAUCUAUUCUAAUAAAUCCUAGACAUGCUUUAAGUUUACUGUCGAAAGCCUGUAUGGUGUUUGAACGCGACGCGGACGCUGCAGAACCUUUCUUUGUGUCUAUUCUCGGUCUGUAUCCGUUCUGGACGGUGCUUUGGGUCGCUGCUAGCGCAUACUACUGGCAUAGAGAACUGUUCCAUAUGGCUGCGGAAAUUAUGAAUUACGCCAGAAAGACAGAAGCUGAAGGUCUAGCAGAAGAGUUACGUUAUCCUCGUGCAUGGGAGCGAGAGCUUGGCGACUGGUGGGAUCAAACACCCUUACUGCCGGGAACGAGUCGGUAUUAUGACGCCGCUGAUUUGCUCUUACGCAUUCGAGGUAUAGAGUUAGCAGAAGUAUGCCUUGCGAGAGCACUCACAGAAGUUGGAGAAUCGCCAGUAUACUACCACUUGCUAGCGCUCUGUUGCCGAAUGCGUAAAGACAUAGAUAACUCAUUAUGUCACAUAAAAUCUGCCUUGGAUAAAUUUGGUGAGAUCAGUUACUUGCGGAGUCUUCAAGGCGAGUGCUAUCAUAAAAAGAAAGAUUUUAACCAAUCGAUGUCAAGCUUUGAUAAAGCUGGUGGUUGCCUUAGCGCUUAUAGUAUCCUUCUAUCACUUCCUCGACGUGAGCCUCAGCGCGUGAGAGCAAUCCUGACAGAUUUAAUUCGGAGACAGCCUAGUGCUUACGCAUGGAUGGCACUUGCAGACGAUUGGAUGGUAAGUAGUGUGGGUGAAGGUGGCGAUGCAGGUGCAACUGAAGAGCAAAGUACCGCGCUCGCAUGCGCCAAAGCAUGCGCAGUUCAAGCGCUGAAGCUGGACAGACAAUCGGGUCGGGCUUGGCAUAUGCUGUCGAAAACUGUGAAGCCAAGCGCGCGCAGACUGCAUUGUGAGAAUAUGGCUUCAUUGUGUGGCUACGGAAGUCAACCUAGUGAAAAAAUAAAUUAUGAUACAGAAUCAAAACAAUCAUUAUGCUAUCGUAUAGGAAAGGCUUUACGAGAAUGCAGAUGCGAAAUGUGUGAACCGUUAACAAUGUAACUGUAAAUAUUGAUUGAUUUAUUUCAAAAUAAAGUUUAGUGGUAUACAUAUGGUGUCUUAAUUUAUUAAAUGGCUUCCAUAAUUUAUAAAAAAUAUGUAUUUAAAAGAUUAAGUUACAGCGAUUAUAAGCUAAGAUACUAAUUCUA